AUGACAUCAAAAGUAUCUAGACUGGAUAGGCAAGUCAUAUUGCUGGAGACAGGAUCUACACAAACAAUCAGAAAUGUGGCUGCAGAUCAACUAGGAGAACUAGCAAAGCAACAUCCUGAAGAUAUCCUGUCUCUCUUAAGCCGGGUAUACCCUUUUCUAAGUUCUAAGAAAUGGGAAACCAGAGUUACAGCAGCUAGAGCUAUGGGCGGUAUCUUGAGCAAUGCCUCCGUGUGGGAUCCUAAUGAAGGGGAGGUGAAGGAAGAAGAAGAAUCACAUAUGAACUCUGAGAUAAAGAAGGAAAAUCAGAAUAAUGAUCAUGCGGAAAUGGAAAACACAGUUAUUAAAGAGGAACCAGACCAAGAUAACGGAGUAUCAGUACCGAACCACACUAAUAAUGACAAUAAUAUUGAAACUGUGAAUGCCAAAGUGAAAUUAGAGCAAGACAUACAACUAAAAUUAGAAGAACUGAUAAAAGAAGAUAGUAGUUUAUUGGAUGAUAAUAAGAAUGCUGAUAACUGUUUAACAUUAUCAAACUGGCAUUUAAAUGAAUUAUUCAAAUCUGGAAAAGUUUUCCUUGCAUCGAGUAUAAAUGAUUAUGAUGAUAAAAAAGUAGCAUCUAAUUCACCGUCUACACUAAGUUCGGAUAUCGAAGAUGCAUCUAUGAAGAAGGAAAAUGAUGCUGAAAAUCAUUGUAGUAAAUCUUCAAAUAUUGAAGGAGGCAAUAGUAGUAAAAAAUCAGCAAGAAUGCUUGCAAUGGCAAAGAGGAAAAAGAAGAUGCAAAAAUCCAAGACUACUACCACUAUGGAGGUCAAUUUGUCAGAAAGCUCAUUAUCGAAGAAAUUGAUGGAUGAUCCUUCUGCAGUAAAAUCGGAUGCGGUUAAAAUGGAAAACCCAAAACUAGCUAUUACUGACCAAGCAGAUCCCAACGCCAUAAUGGUGGAAGCGGUUGUACCUAAAAUUCUAGAGAAGCAUGAAAAGGUCGCAGGACUUGUGUGGCAAUUUCAAGGAGUAUUUGAAUUGUUGUUACAAAAUUUGAUGCAUGACAACUGGGAAGUAAGACAUGGUGCCACUUUAGGCUUAAGAGAACUUAUGAAAAAGCAUGCUUAUGGUAUUAAUAGGAUAAAAGGGAAGACUCGGAAGGAAAAUAAUGAUAGAAACUAUCAGGGCCUCGAGGAUCUAGCUACCAGACUGUUGACCAUCUUUGCUCUUGAUAGAUUUGGUGAUUACAUAUAUGAUACAGUAGUUGCACCGGUUAGAGAAUCUGCUGCCCAGAUAUUGGCUGCCCUAUUGAUCAACUUACCUGAUGAUCUAGCGCUGAAAGUAUAUAUGAAGUUGGAAGACCUUGUUUUUCAGAACCCCGAAGUUACAGGACUUCCGAAUAAAAUAUGGGAAGCUACUCAUGGUGGACUGUUAGGUAUAAGAUAUUUUGUUAGCAUUAAACAAGAAUUUCUGAUAGAGCAAAAUCUUCUAGACAAAGUUGUUCAAACCGUGCUCUAUGGUCUGAAUCAAAAUGAUGAUGACGUCAAAUCAGUUGCAGCUUCGAUACUGACACCUAUUACAGCUGAAUUUGUCAAGUUAGAUACAGAUACUCUCGAUAUUGUGCUGACAACAAUCUGGAAUUCUUUAAUUCAUUUAGAUGACGAUUUGGCCUCCAGUGUGGGUUCUGUUAUGGAUUUACUAGCAAACUUAUGUCAAUAUAAAGAGGUUCUAGAUGUUUUGAAACAUAAAGCCACUGAACAGCCGUUAGAAUGGUCAUUCAAGUCUCUAGUGCCCAAAUUAUAUCCCUUUUUGAGGCAUUCGAUUUCUUCUGUGAGAAAAUCUGUUCUCAAUCUGUUACAGUCAUUUUUGAGUAUCAAAGACGAAUCGACAAAACAUUGGUUGAAUGGAAAGGUAUUUAGAUUAGUUUUCCAGAAUAUUCUAUUUGAACAGAAUCCAGAUAUCUUAAACCUGUCUUAUGAAGUCUAUACUUCUUUGCUCACUCAUUAUCAAUUAAAACACACUGAAAAGACAUUAGACCAUGCAUUUUGCAAACAUCUGCAACCAUUACUUCAUCUGUUGAAUACACCAAUUGGUGAAAAGGGUAAGAAUUAUAGUAUGGAAUCUCAUUACAUUUUAAAGCCUUCACCACGUUAUCAACUUCACCCUGAGAAAAAAAGAAGUAUAUCGGAAGCCAACAAUGCUUCGGAUAUUCCUAACCCAAGACCAAAUGAAAACAUCAACAUUGAUAUUCCUAUGAUUAAUGGUGACGUGACAUUAUUAGGUGAACAGAAGAUAAUGAAUACUAGAGUUCUUGCAGCAAAAGCUUUCGGUUUUACUCUCGCAAUGUUCCAGGAAGCAACAGUGCAAUCAUUCUUCGCCAACGUGCUUGUGCGUUGUUUAGACUUACCUUAUGCAACACCAAGAAUGCUAACUGCUAUUAUCGUUAACCGGUUCUGUAAGUUUUGGGUUGAUCGUCAUGAUGACGUACCAGAGGUUCCAAAAUUUGUAUCAGAGAUUUUUGGCGCCACUAUGAAUGAGCAGUUGAAUAAUCCAUCAAAGCUACCUGUAUUCAGGGAACUAAUUCCAAGUUUGAAGGCUCUACGUACUAGUUGUCAAAAUCUAUUUGCAACAUUUGUGGAUGUGGGUAUGCUCCCACAACAUAAGUUACCUAGUGUUGCUAUAGUGGUCCAGGGUGAAUCCGAAGCAGGACCUGAGGCUUUUGGUCUCGAAACUGCUGAAAAGGUAUAUCAUGACUACUAUGACAAAAUGUAUAAAAACCUUGGUAAUUCGUACAAGUUGUUAGCCAAGAAGCCAUUGGAAGAUGCAAAGCAUAGGGUCAAGCAAUCCAUUGAAUCUGCAAAGGAAUCAAAACAAAAAAGAAUAUGCUCAAUAUUGUCAAACUAUGCAUCAUCUGUGCUUAUGUUCUCUGAACUACCUCCAAAAUUAAACCCUAUAAUCAGAUCCUUAAUGGACUCAGUCAAAGAGGAACCUAACGAGGCCCUUCAGAAGAUGUCUUGUGAAUCUGUUAUUUAUUUAAUUCAUGAACUACUUAAAUGUAAUAAGGCACCAGUGGCAAAUAAGAUUGUGAAGAAUCUAUGUGGUUUCUUGUGUGUGGAUACUUCAGAAGUUCCUGACUUCCAACAAAAUCUAAGCUACCAAGAUAGGCUGUACACUUUUAUCAAAGAGCCAGAUGCAUUUGUUAUUAAUGAGAAUGUUGAAUUAAUGAAGGUAGCAGAGGAGGCAAGACUGAAACGUAAAGGUGGUAUAUACGCAAUGGGUACAUUGCUGGAAAUCUGUGGUUCUUCUGCAUUAGAUGAUAUCCCACAGUUAAAGAAAGUGUUUUUGGAGCCAUUAGAAAAUAUAAGUGAUGUUUCUUCAAUUGAUGUUAUCAAAGGUCAAGCAGUCACUGAUUAUUUCGGUAUAGUUAGAGUAUUAUUUCCUUAUAUGGAUCAGUCUUUGCAGGAGUCUGUUGUUAUUGCUAAAUUUCCGAGAAUGUUGGACUUUUUAAAGUGCCCAUACUCUGUCAUAAGGUAUUCAGUAGCCCGUACUUUUGCCGACUUAGCAAAGUAUAAACCAAUAAAGGUCAUGCCAUUUCUAAUAAAAAAUGUACUACCUAUGAUAAAUGAUGCCGGUUCAUUGUUCAAUAGGCAAGGUGCUACAGAAUUAAUAUUUCAUUUAUCUGUGUCUAUGGAAGCAGAUAUUCUACCAUAUGUUAUCUUCUUGAUCGUGCCGCUACUGGGUAGAAUGAGUGACCCUAAUGAAGAUAUAAGAAAUCUGGCAACAACUACAUUUGCAUCCAUUAUUAAGAUUGUUCCAUUAGAAGAAGGUAUUAAAGACCCUGAAGGGAUGCCGGAAGAGUUAAUGAAGGGGCGUGAAAGAGAAAGAGAUUUUAUAAAACAAAUGAUGGACCCAUCCAAGGCAAAACCUUUCAAGUUGCCAGUUGCGAUAAAGGCAACCUUAAGAAAAUAUCAACAAGACGGUAUUAAUUGGUUAGCAUUUCUCAAUAAGUAUCAUUUACAUGGUAUCCUUUGCGAUGAUAUGGGUUUGGGUAAAACUCUUCAGACUAUUUGCAUUAUUGCCUCAGAUCAGUAUCUAAGACAAGAAGAAUAUAAGUUAAGUGGAAACAUCGAGUGUCGACCUCUGCCUUCGCUUAUUGUCUGCCCACCAUCGUUAACGGGUCAUUGGGAGAAUGAAUUUGAACAGUAUUCACCAUUUUUGAAAAUUGUGGUGUAUGCCGGUGGACCGUCGGUUAGGCAACCUUUAAGGAAGCAACUAAGUUCUGCAGAUAUUAUUAUAACUUCCUAUGAUGUGGCUAGAAAUGACCUGGACACUAUUUCUUCUUAUGAUUACAAUUAUUGUGUUUUGGAUGAAGGCCAUUUAAUCAAAAAUGCUCAAUCCAAGCUGGCCAAAGCUGUGAAACUAAUAAAGGCCAACCAUAGACUAAUACUAACAGGUACCCCUAUCCAGAAUAAUGUUGUAGAGCUUUGGUCGUUAUUCGAUUUCUUGAUGCCAGGAUUUUUAGGUACCGAAAAAUCUUUCCAAGAGCGUUUUGCGAAGCCUAUCGCAGCAUCAAGAAAUAGUAAGACGUCAUCAAAAGAGCAAGAAGCAGGAGCUUUGGCUUUGGAAGCGUUGCACAAACAAGUCUUGCCAUUUAUGUUGAGACGUCUUAAGGAGGAUGUUUUGUCUGAUUUACCACCAAAGAUUAUACAAGAUUACUACUGUGAAUUGAGUGAUCUACAAAAGCAGCUUUACGAAGAUUUUGCUAAGAAACAGAAAAAUGUUGUAGAAAAGGACAUCCAAAAUACUGCAGAUGUAGAUAGCAAACAACACAUAUUUCAGGCCUUACAGUAUAUGAGAAAGCUGUGUAAUCAUCCUGCACUUGUCUUAUCUAAUGAUCAUCCUCAAUUAAAGCAAAUACAAAACUAUCUGAAACAAACGGGGUGCGAUUUGCAUGAUAUAAGAAAUGCGCCGAAACUAACUGCUCUCAGAACGUUGUUAUUCGAAUGUGGUAUUGGUGAAGCUGAUAUGGACAAAAAGGUAACUGGCGAGCAACUAUUGACGGGAAGUGUUAUAUCUCAGCAUAGAGCUUUGAUUUUCUGUCAACUGAAGGACAUGUUAGAUAUGAUUGAAAAUGAUCUUUUUAAGAGAUAUAUGCCCUCUGUGUCUUAUAUGAGGUUAGAUGGUAGUGUCGAUCCUAGGGACAGGCAAAAGGUUGUUAGGAAAUUCAAUGAAGACCCUUCCAUUGACUGCCUAUUAUUGACGACUAAAGUAGGUGGGUUGGGUUUGAACCUAACUGGUGCCGAUACUGUUAUAUUUGUUGAGCAUGAUUGGAAUCCAAUGAAUGACUUACAAGCUAUGGAUAGAGCUCAUAGACUUGGUCAAAAGAAAGUUGUGAAUGUGUAUCGUAUUGUGACGAAAGGUACAUUAGAAGAGAAGAUAAUGGGUCUUCAGAAGUUUAAGAUGAAUAUUGCAUCUACCGUUGUUAAUCAGCAAAAUAGCGGUCUGGCAUCAAUGGAUACACAUCAAUUAUUAGAUUUAUUUGACACAGAUAACGUACCAUCGAAUAAUGCUGGUGAAGUAGCAGAAUCCGGUGAUAAAUUGCCAGAUGAUGUUGCUAAUGAAACAGGUUUAAGUGGGAAAGCUAAGGAAGCCUUGGGUGAUCUUAAGGAACUUUGGGAUCCAUCUCAGUAUGAAGAUGAAUACAAUUUGGAUAAUUUCAUUAAGACAUUAAAAUAA